UCACCAAGUCACGUCAGGACAAAGAACACCAGGAAGAUGAAGGUUUCACUGGCCCUUCUACUAGCCCUGGUCUUUUGCUACGCUGCCUUGGCGGAUGGACGCUACCUACGGUUCAGACGUAGCCCCACUAGAAACGACGAGGGGGAAAAGUGCACAAGGGCGUUUCAAAGACGGGCUCGCUCCUGGAUUCAGUGUAGUUACCUGUGCUACGGAUGGCCUAUUCGAAGAGAGAACGAAGAGGACGGCUCACCGUGCACCACGUGGUUCCGAGGCAAAGGAAGUUGCAAGGCCGGCAGGUGCGUCCUAAAUGUGGAGUCCAGAGCAGACGUCGAACCUACACCCGAGACAAGAACCACAGAAGCACAGCCGAAUCCCAUAGAGCCCGACGCUAACUCGGCGACGGAGUCGGAACAGGGGGCUCCCGCCACUGAACCGGGGUUGCCGCCUCGACCUGAAGAGGAACCGCUCGGUCCACCCGAAGAAGCCGUGCCGAACGGUUCUGAAGCGCUACCCGAUCCUAGAACAGAAGAAGUACCUUCUAACGAACCUGGACCAGAGCCGGGAUUCUCACCCGAACCGGUAGCUCCCUCCGAGCCCGAAGGUGAGCCGGAACCUGCACCCGAAAUUUUGCAGCCGGGCGCUGCGCCAGAACAAGUGAUACCAGACGAAUCUGAACAAGAACCGGAGCCUUCGCCUGAACAAGUGGUUCCAAAUCAGCCUGAAGAAGAACCGGAGCCUGUACCGGAACAAGUAGCACCAAACGAGUCUGAACAGGAGCCAGGGCCUGUACCUGAACAGGGGCUACCAUACGAGCCUGAGCAGGAGCCGGGUAUUGCAGUCGAGCCAAUGGUACCAAAUCAGUCUGAACAGGGGCCAACUGAUGAUAAUGAACAGGUAGCACCAAAUGGACCUGAGCAAGGGCCUUUCCCAGUACCUGGGCAGGAGUCACCCGAACCGGAGGAGCAGCCGGGGUCUUCUGUACCCGAAGAGUCAGGAAUAGCUGCACCCGAAGCGGCCCCAAAAAACGAACCUGAAGAGGAUCCUUGUAAUGAAGACGAAUGUAAUGCGGUGUCAAAAUAAAUAAAAGAUACAUUUUUGAAAGAUAAAAAAAAAAAAAAAAAAAAAAAAAAAAACAAAGAAACUUGCAUUGUCCUAUACUGCUCCCUCCGCGCUUAA